AGCCGCUGCGUGAGUGCACCGUCCGCAGCCGCAGUUUCGUUUCUGGACAGACAGGCGAACACAAACAUCCGUGACAGAAGAACAUACUUUAAUUCCUCAUUACCUUCGUCGUCGGGUCUCCUUACAGACCUCAAACAAAGUAAAAUGUCCCGGGCCAGUGCAACCCCGAAAUCAAAGGCAACUGCAUCUAAACAGACGAGUUCUCUGAAAGCCAAAGGGCUUAAAGACAUCAGGAUUGAUGAAGAGGUUAAAAUCGCUGUCAAUAUCUCGCUGGAGAGGUUCCAGAACAGCGAGGAGAAAGAGCUGGAUUUUCCUUCUUCACUCACGAACACUGAGAGAGCGUUCAUACAUCGGCUCGCUCAAUCCCUGGGUUACAUUUCCAAAAGCAGAGGAAAAGGCUCCAGUCGAUAUCUCACAGUGAGGAAGAAAGACGGCACGGAGAUGGCUCGCUCUGUCAUGACGUGUGACCUCACUCACAACUCCAAACACGUGGUGCGGAACCUUCUGCAGAGGUUUCCCAUCACCGGUAAAGAGCGCGCGGAACUGCUGCCGCGGACCGAGAGAGCCGUCUUCACGUCUCCAGACAGCAGCGACAGUAAGAACAGAACCAGCGGUCGACUGAGUCACGGGAUUUCUCAGGUUCCUCAGAAGCGCAGUCCGUCUGAAUUGGACGGUUUUCGGAGAGCGCUGCCUGUGUAUGACCGGCAGGAGGAGAUCGUGCAGACCAUCAAAGGGAACCAGGUUGUGCUGGUUUUGGGUGAGACGGGGUCAGGUAAAACCACACAGAUCCCUCAGUUUCUCCUGGACGACAGCAGCCGGAAUGGGAUUCCUUGUCGGAUCUUUUGCACUCAGCCCAGGAGACUGGCGACCAUCGCUGUAGCGGAGCGCGUGGCGGCUGAGCGUGGAGAGAAGAUCGGACAGACCGUCGGCUAUCAGAUCCGUCUGGAGAGCAGAGUUUCUCCCAAGACUCUUCUGACGUUCUGCACCAGUGGAGUGUUGCUGAGAACGCUGAUGGCCGGAGACGACGCCCUGUCCACCGUCACUCAUGUCAUCGUGGAUGAAGUACACGAGCGUGACGGUCUGACGGAUUUCUUGCUCACUAAGCUGAAGGAUGUUCUUCAUAAGAUGCCCUCGUUGAAACUCAUCCUGUCCAGCGCCACUCUGGACGUCAGCCUGUUCGCCAGAUACUUCAAAGCGUGUCCUGUUGUUUACAUCAAAGGUUGUCCUUUUGAUGUCAAGCAGCUGUUCCUAGAAGACAUCCUGAGGACGACAGGCUACAAGAACAAAGAAAUGAAGAAAUAUUCCAAGGAGGUGCAGAAAGAGGCGAGACAGCAGACGUCUUUGACGGAGUGGUGCGAUGCCCGUCAGACGCCCGUCAGACAGCGCGAGAGGGAAAAGACGCCCGCGUGCGUCCUGCAGGAGAACGACCUCCUGGAUGAUGGAGGAGACGGCGUCUUCAGCCAGAUGAGCGAGAAGGACGCGGCGACGCUGGAGCCCUGGCUGCUCAAGGAGAUGGACGCCUGCGUCUCGAACAUUUUCUUGAAGGAAGACUCGGACGCCUUCGUUCAGCUCUUCAAUCUCAUCCUGAACGAGAACAUCAGCGUGGAUUACAGACACAGCGAGACCAGCGCCACUCCUCUGAUGGCGGCUGCGGGGAGAGGAUUCCUCAGUCAGAUGGAGCAGCUCUUGAGUAUGGGUGCCAACGUCAACGCCAAAGCCUCCAACGGCUGGACGGCUCUCGAUUGGGCCAAACACUUCGGUCAACCCGAGGCUGCCGAUCUCCUGGAGUCUCACAUAUGGUGUGUUGAAGCGGGUCAGCUGGACGAGUCGUCUCUGGUUCAGAGCGCAUGUGAUCUGAGUUCUGAAGACCAGGAGCUGCUCAAAGCGUAUCAUCACAGCUUUGACGACGAGCGGGUCGAUCUGGACCUCAUCUUACAUCUGCUCUUCAACAUCUGCCAGAGUUCAGACGAGGGUGCGGUGUUGUUAUUUCUGCCGGGCUACGAUGAGAUUGUCUCUCUGCGAGAUCGGAUCGUCUACGAUGAUAAAACAUUUACAGACCUCCAGCAAAAGUUGCAGGUGUUUAUUCUGCACUCCAGCAUGCAAACAUCAGACCAGAAGAAAGUUCUGAAGAACACUCCUAAAGGCGUUCGCAAAGUAAUUCUGUCCACUAACAUCGCAGAGACCAGCAUCACAGUCAAUGACGUGGUUUUUGUCAUUGACUCUGGGAAAGUGAAAGAGAAAACCUAUGAUGCUCUCAAUAAUGUCACCAUGCUAAAGAUGGUUUGGAUAUCGAAGGCAAGUGCUUUGCAGAGAAAGGGCAGAGCGGGUCGCUGUAGACCAGGAAUCUGUUUUCAUCUCUUCAGUCGUCUGAGGUUCAAUAACAUGCUGGAACAUCAGGUUCCUCAACUGCUGCGCAUGCCACUGCAGGAGCUCUGUCUGCACACUAAACUUCUGGCUCCCGUCUCCUGCUCCAUCGCUGAGUUCCUGUCUAAAGCCCCUGAACCGCCACACCUGCACGCUGUUAAAAACGCUGUACAGAUGCUGAAGACCAUCGAUGCCAUGGACCCCUGGGAGAACCUGACCGAGCUGGGCUGUCACCUUGCUGACCUGCCCGUCGAGCCUCACCUGGGGAAAAUGGUGCUGUGCGCUGUGGUUCUGAAGUGCUUGGAUCCCAUCCUCACCAUCGCCUGCACGCUGGCACACAGAGAGCCGUUUGUGUUGCCCUCGCAGGCCUCUCAGAAGCGGAUGGCCAUGCUGUGCCGCAAACGCUUCUCUGCCAACACCUUCAGCGACCACAUGGCUCUCCUCAGAGCGUUUCAGGCUUGGCAGAAGGCGCGCAGCGAUGGCUGGGAACGAGCUUUCUGUGAGAAGAACUUCCUCUCGCAGGCCACCAUGGAGAUCAUCGUGGGGAUGAGGACGCAGCUCCUGGGACAGCUGAGAGCGACAGGUUUCGUCCGGGCGCGAGGAGGCGGAGACAUUCGAGAUGUCAAUCUGAACUCGGAGAACUGGGCCGUGGUGAAGGCCGCGCUAGUCGCUGGCAUGUAUCCCAACCUAAUCAACGUGAACCGCGACAGCCUCACUCUCAUGGGCUCCAAAGAGAAGAAGGUCCGACUUCACCCGACCUCCAUCCUGAGUCAGCCCCAGUACAAGAAGAUUCCUCCAGCCAACGGGCAGACGGCAGCGGUGGAAUCCCUGCCCACCGAUUGGCUGAUUUAUGACGAGAUGACACGAGCUCACAGGAUCGCCAGCAUCAGGUGCUGCUCGGGCGUCACGCCGCUGACCGUGGCGUUGUUUGGAGGAUGUGCGAAACUCCCGAGCUCGGCGAUACAGGAGUCCACGGCUCACAGAGGAGGCGUGGAUGGUGUGAAUGAGAGCAGUGACAGUGAGAUGGAGGAUCGGUCCGGUUCGCAUCAGUCGCACAUUAAGAUCGACGACUGGCUGAACUUCAGUCUGGAUCAGGAGACGGCCGAUCUGGUGUUCGGACUCAGACAGCGCUGGCAGAGUUUAUUUUUAAGGAGAAUCCGGGCGCCGACCAAAGCCGGUUCUCAGCUGGACGAGGCCACCGUCCAUACGCUGGUGUCAGUGCUGUCGGCUGAAGAACAGGCGAGCGGUCUCCAGCAGCCCACUGGCAUCGGACAGAGACCUCGACCCAUGAACUCUGAUGACACGCCGCCGAGCUCAUGCUGGAGGAGCGCAGGCCGCAGGAGCAUGCCGCAGGAGCAGGAAGCCGACGAGCCGAGCAGCCCGGACAGAUCGCCUCGUUCGACGUCUCACGUGUCGCAGCCCAAGACUCACAGAGAGAAAAGCAUCCAUCAUUCGAGGCGUCAGGGAGAGGAACUCUUGCCCUUUAAGAGCGCUAACAGCCCCUCGUCUCUGUCCACCCUGAAGGGCUCGUCGCCGAGACAGACGCGAGCGUUGGUGAGAUACUUCAUCUUAAAGAGCAGCAACAUGAAGAACAUCGAGCUGUCUCAGCAGAGAGGCAUCUGGUCCACCACACCGAACAGUGAGCAGAAACUGAACCGAGCCUUUCUGGAGAGCAGCGCCUUCUUCCUCGUCUUCUCCGUGCAGGGGUCCGGACACUUCCAGGGUUACGCCCGCAUGACGUCAGAGAUCAGCGGUGAGAGAUGUCUGGACUGGGGUUCGGCCGGUUUGGGGGGCGUGUUCAGCGUGGAGUGGGUGCGUAAAGAGAUUCUUCCCUUCCAGCACACGCAGCAGCUGCUGAACCCGUGGAACGACAACAAGAGAGUUCAUAUCAGCCGGGACGGUCAGGAGCUGGAGUCUCAGACUGGAAGUCAACUGCUGGAGCUGUGGGACGAAAUGUGUGACACAUGGACCUCAUGAAAAUGUUUUAUUCGAAUCCUUUAGCCGAUGAUUAUUUCAAUUGCUGUGCAAGCGUUUUUGUCGUCUAUGAUGGCUUUUGCACAAACGUAGCGCCUUGUUCCAGUUCAUGCGUUGAUGGUAUUUUUAAUGUGAUUUCAGUUGAUCAGCUUUUUACUCUUUACGAAACGAUUCCUUUAAAGAUUCAUUCAGUCUGUUCAGUCUAACCGACUGUGAAACAAUUAAAUCUCAUAACACUCCGAUCUGUGAUUAAUAUCAGCACUUUGUGACGCGUGUCAUACUGGAGAAUGUUUUUGCACGUUAGCGCCGUUCUUUAAUCCACUUUGUUGUUUGUGGUGUUUUCUAUCCGUUGAGUUUCAUUGAAUGUUCAUCGUUUCAAAUGCAGAAUUUGCAAUAAAAAUGUUCUCUGAUG